AUGGGUGCACUCAAUGAUAUUCCUAACGAAAAAGUAUUGUCAGAUAAAGAAAUUAUUGAAUACUUUAAAGAUAUACUAAAUGGAGUGCAGUACUUACAUUCAGUAAAGAUUAUACACAGAGAUUUGAAUCCAAGUAAUAUGCUGAUAACUGAUGACAAUCACUUGAAAAUAACAGAUUUCAGUAUUAGUGUAGAAUUCACAGGAGAAGAUGCAUUACUUCGUGGAACUAUUGGUACUCCUGAAUAUCUUGCUCCAGAAUGUCCAUUCUACAAUGGGGCAGAUAAAUAUGAAGUUUAUGAGGCUAUUAACACACAGCCUGUGAUUAUUGAUGACAAAGUUAGUGACCAGUAUCUUCGUCGAGUUUUUGAAGGGAUUUUCAAAAUAAAUCCGAAAGAGAGAAGUGAUAUCGCUCAACUGCAGGUAAUAUUAAUUACUUUGAAUUUUGCAUAUUAA